GCUCGAGCAGGAUCGGUGUGUGCAUUGUGCGGGAGGCGUGUGUCCCUCUCCCAACCAAAGAGCAAGGAGCGAAAUCGACUGGACCACGCAACAGCCUCUCCGCUCCAAACAGAAUGUCGUCAAGGAAUGUAUUCUAGCUGGAAAUGCAAGGGAGCACCGACCAGUCGCAGUAUUUUAUUUAAAAUCUAUAGACCCAUAAUAAUCUGAAAUAUGGCUGAAGUGAAGUCGAGGUGAGUUGCGCUGUUGCUCAGACAACUUGCUGUUGAGUGGUGCGCACUCCACUCUCCGCCUCUCGCCAGCCAGCCUGUCGGAUGAAAAGAAAACGGAUAGAUCCCGUUCUUUUUUGUUCUUCUAUCAAUCGAUAGUCAGUAGACUGUGGAAUCAUGUCGAUGGGACAGGACGAAAACUCAGUCCGGGUGGCUUUGAGGAUUCGUCCUCAACUGGCCCGGGAGAAGAUCGAGGGAUGUCACAUCUGUACGUUUGUGACCCCAGGGGAGCCCCAGGUGAUGCUGGGUAAAGACAAGGCCUUUACUUACGACUAUGUGUUCGACAUGGACUCCUGUCAGGACAGCAUCUACGCUAGCUGCACUGAGAAGCUGAUCGAGGGCUGCUUCGAAGGAUACAAUGCCACCAUUUUUGCCUAUGGCCAGACGGGGUCAGGUAAGACCUACACCAUGGGUACAGGGUUUGAUGUUAAUAUCGGGGAAGAGGAGCUGGGCAUCAUACCCCGGGCGGUCAGCCACCUCUUCAGGGGCAUCGAGGAGCGCCAGCAGGCCGCUAAAGAGCAGGGACGACCCGUUCCUGAGUUCAAGAUCAACGCACAGUUCCUGGAGCUUUACAAUGAGGAGGUGCUGGAUCUGUUUGACUCUACACGGGACCUGGAAGCUCGGACGCAGAAAUCCCACAUAAAGAUCCACGAGGACGCUAAUGGAGGAAUCUACACAGUGGGGGUGACCACACGGACGGUAGCCUCCGAGGCAGAGAUGAUGCAGUGUCUGAAGCUGGGUGCUCUGUGUCGAACCACCGCCAGCACCCAGAUGAAUGUCCAGAGCUCCCGUUCUCAUGCCAUCUUCACCAUUCACCUGUGCCAAGUCAGAGUCUGUGCAUCCGACAAUAAAGACAACAACGAGACAGACAACAACGAGACAGACAACAUCGAGACUGACAACAGGAUUGCUAACGGCAACUCAGAGAUGGAAGAGUAUGAGACACUGACUGCCAAGUUUCACUUUGUGGACCUGGCCGGUUCUGAAAGGCUGAAGAGAACCGGUGCUACAGGAGACCGAGCUAAGGAGGGAAUCUCCAUCAACUGUGGACUGCUUGCUCUGGGGAAUGUAAUUAGUGCUUUGGGAGACAGGAGCAAGCGAUCCACGCACGUGCCCUACAGAGACUCCAAACUCACCCGGCUCCUACAGGACUCUCUAGGUGGAAACAGCCAAACGAUGAUGAUAGCCUGCAUCAGUCCGUCUGACCGGGACUUCAUGGAGACCCUGAACGCCUUGAAGUACGCUAACAGAGCCAGGAACAUUAAGAACAAGGUGAUGGUGAACCAGGACAAGGCCUCCCAGCAGAUCUCUGCUCUCAGGACAGAAAUCGCCAGGCUACAGAUGGAACUGAUAGAGUACAGGACCGGUAAGCGUAUGGUGGGAGAGGAUGGUAUGGAGAGCAUCAACGACAUGGUCCAUGAAAACACCAUGCUGCAGACUGAGAACAGCAACCUGAGGAUCAGGGUCAAAGCCAUGCAGGAGACCAUUGACGCCCAGAGGGCCAGACUCACACAGUACCUCAGUGACCAGGCCAACCAGGUCCUCGCCAGGGCAGGUGAGGGCAGUGAAGAGAUUGGGAACAUGAUCCGGAGCUAUAUCAAAGAGAUAGAGGACCUCAGGGCCAAACUCCUGGAAAGUGAGUCUGUGAAUGAAAACCUGCGUAAGAACCUGUCCCGUGCCUCCUCACGCCAGUCCUUCUACCCCGGAACCUUCUCCCCUGCCCUCCUGGCCCCCGAGAAGGAGGCCUCCGACAUCAUCGAGAUGGCCAAGAAAGAUCUGGAGAAACUCAAGAAGAAGGAGAGGAAGAAGAAGAAGAGGCUCCAGCAGCUGCUGGAAGAGAGAGAGAGGGAGGAGCUUGUAGAGGAGGAGGAUGGCAGUGUCGUCAAGGAAGAAGUCCCCGACAAUGACCAAGACCAAGGGAUGGAAAAAGAGCUGACUGAGCGGUCCAAUGACGAGCCUGAGAUGGAGGGGAGUGACCAUGAGGAUGAGGAAGAGGAGGAGGAGGAAGAGGAGGAGAUGGAUGUGGAGGAGAGCUCUGAUGAUUCAGACUCUGAGUCAGAUGAGAAAGAGAACUUCCAGGCAGACCUGGCCAACAUCACGUGUGAGAUCGCCAUCAAGCAGAAGCUGAUAGAUGAACUGGAGAACAGCCAGCGCCGUCUGCACACGCUCAAACAGCAGUACGAACAGAAACUGAUGAUGCUGCAGAGCAAGAUCAGAGACACACAGCUGGAGAGAGACCGGGUGCUGCACAACAUGGGCUCAGUGGAGACGUGCAGCGACGAUAAGGCUAAGAAGAUCAAGCAGGAGUACGAGAAGAAGCUGAGCAUCAUGAACAAGGAACUACAGAAGCUACAGUCAGCCCAGAAGGAACACGCACGCCUGCUCAAGAACCAAUCCAAGUACGAGACACAGCUGAAGAAGCUCCAACUGGACGUCACAGAGAUGAAGAAGACAAAGGUUCGUCUGAUGAAGCAGAUGAAGGAUCAGCAGGAGAAGAACAGGAUGACAGAGUCCAGGAGAAACCGAGAGAUCGCCACCCUCAAGAAGGACCAGCGCAAACAGGAGCAUCAGCUGAAGCUCCUAGAAGCCCAGAAGAGACAACAGGAGCUCAUUUUGCGCAGGAAGACUGAGGAGGUGUCUGCUCUGAGGAGACAGGCCAGGCCUAUGUCUGGUAAGGUGACCAGCAGGAAGGUGAGUCUCCCAGAGCCCCUCCAGGACUCCUCCCACCGACCCCCCUCAGGACGCCUGCAGUCCUCUGGCUCCACCGCCACCAACGGAACCAGGUCCUACUACAGGCGGUCAACAGGCAUAUAUUCCACCAGAGUGGCCAGGGUGAAGUGGCAGUCUCUGGAGCGUCGUAUCUCUGAUGUCAUCAUGCAGAGGAUGACCAUAUCCAACAUGGAGUCUGAAAUGAACCGCCUGCUCAAGCAACGUGAGGAGCUGACCAAGCGGAGGGAGAAGGUGACCAGAAAGAGGGACAGGCUGGCGGGGGAGGGGCCUGAGGCUGAAAAGGCGGUGCUUCCCCUCAACGAGGAAGUGGACGCCGUGGUUGCCAACAUCGACUACAUCAACGACAGCAUCGCUGACUGCCAGGCCAACAUUAUGCAGAUGGAGGAAGCCAAGGAGGAGGUUGACACGGUGGAUGUUUCCGCAGUCAUCAGCUCCUGUACCCUAACAGAAGCCCGCUUCCUGCUGGACCACUUCAUGUCUAUGGCCAUCAACAGAGGUCUGCAGGCGGCUCAGAGGGAGUCCCAGGUGAAGGUGAUGGAGGGCAGGCUGAAGCAGACUGAGAUCACCAGCGCCACUCAGAACCAGCUGCUGUUCCACAUGCUGAAGGAGAAGGCUGAGUUUAACCCUGAACUGGACGCCCUGCUGGGGAACGCUCUGCAAGAGCUAGGUAACAUGCCAUUGGAGAACGGGGAUGACAGCAGCAGUGACGAAUCUGCCCAGAGUCCUGCAACAGAGGGACACUCCCUGGCAUCAGAUCUAAUGAAACUCUGUGGAGAGACCAAAACAAGGAGCAAGGCUCGUAGAAGAACCACCACUCAGAUGGAGUUGCUCUACGCCAAUAGUGACGCCGCCCCUGACAUGCCCAGCGGAGAUUUCUCCUCCCCCUGUCUCCCAUUGGCUGAAACACCAGAAGAGGGCAGAGAUCCUGAGACCCCCAUUGGCUCAUCAGUCAGGGACAGAGACUUUAUGGCUCAUUCUCCUGGCUUGGCCUCUAAGAUGGGCAGCAUUUCCGGCUCCAUGGCUGCCGCCUCCUCGGGGGCGGAAAAGAGAGUUCCAGAGCCCUCGCCGCUCUCUCGCAGGAAGACCUAUGACAGGGCACAAGCAGCGGCUAAGGUGAAGGAGAUCAAACAAGGGGUAAUCAACCCAGUGCCCUCUUCAAAGGGCAGUCGGUCAGCAACACUACAGUGUGUCCACGUGGCUGAGGGUCACACUAAAGCGGUGUUGUGUGUCGACUCUACUGAUGACCUCCUCUUCACCGGCUCCAAAGACCGUACGUGUAAGGUGUGGAACCUGGUAACGGGUCAGGAGAUCAUGUCCCUGGCAGGUCACCACAACAAUGUGGUGUCAGUCCGCUACAGCUCCAGCCUGGUCUUCACCGUCUCCACCUCCUACAUCAAGGUCUGGGACAUCCGAGACUCAGCCAAGUGCAUCCGCACCCUCACGUCUUCUGGUCAGGUGACUCCUGGCGAUGCCUGUGCGUCCAGCACCAACCGGACUGUCACCAUCCCGGCAGGAGAGAACCAGAUCAACCAGAUUGCCCUCAACCCCAGCGGCUCUGUCCUGUAUGCCGCCGCCGGCAACUCUGUCAGAGUCUGGGACGUAGGAAGAUUUGUAUCUACAGGGAAGCUGACUGGUCACCUGGGUCCAGUCAUGUGUCUGACUGUGGACCAGAGCGGGAACGGUCAGGAUCUGGUCAUCAGCGGCUCCAAGGACCAUUACAUCAAGAUGUUUGACGUGACAGAGGGGGCCCUGGGUGCUAUCAGCCCCACACACAACUUUGAGCCUCCCCACUACGAUGGUAUCGAGUCCCUGGUGGUGCAGGGGGACGUCCUCUUCAGUGGCUCCAGGGACAACGGCAUUAAGAAGUGGGACCUAGCCCGCAAAGACCUACUGCAGCUAGUGCCCAAUGCCCACCGUGACUGGGUGUGUGCCCUGGGUGUGGUGCCUGGCUCUCCGGCCCUGCUGAGCGGCUGUAGAGGAGGGGUGCUCAAGCUUUGGCACACAGACACGCUGGGGGCCCUGGGGGAACUCAAGGGCCAUGAGAGCCCCAUCAACGGCAUCUCCACCAACAGCAGCCACCUCUUCACAGCAUCUGAUGAUCGAACAGUGAAGAUCUGGCGUGCCCGGGGGGGACUCGACAGCACCUUGGAGACAACGGCGGACACCACUGACGAGGUGGCCAAUAACUGAACAUAGCUGUGACCUCCCGUCUUGACCCUUAACCUUGGAUGCUGCUGACUAGCACUUUUACCUCUGACCUUUCACCUUGGAAACCAUGGAAACCACCCCCCCCCCAGCCCCCACAUAUUGUAACCAUGAAAACUGUGCAAGCCCGCAGGAUUGGAAUCUUAUCUCAGCAAAAGUAGCUGUAGUCUUUCUCCAGAGUGAGAUAGAUAUAUCCUUAGGGAAAUGUAUCUAGUCUAACCUGCCUGGCAGUUGCACUGACUUCUGCAGAAUAAAUUAUCUGUUUGCUUGGUAAGAUAUCUUUCCCUCUCAGCUCAUAUUAAGUAUAUAGUAAGCCCACAAGGGUCAUAUUUAGACACACACACAUACACACAUAUAGAGGCAGAUUAGGGUCUUUCUGGGCUGGGGGAGUUAAUGAAGGCGAGUGGUGCGGAGAGGAGGAAAAGAGGAUGGGUGGGCCACUGGGCUCUGUAGCUGGCCACUGGGCUCUGUAGCUGGCCUACAAGACCUGGACCAGGUUCUCCAGUGGCACAGCAAAGGAACAGAAGCACUGUAAGCAGAACCACUGUCCCUCCUUAUCUGAUAUCAAUGUGGCUUUAUGUCAACUGACAAAUCACCGCACCCCCUUAAAUCACCGCUUGGUUUAAAUGUUAUUUUGCUUCGAAUUCAGCUCCCACUUAUUGUAGCUGACCAAAUUGUGAAACUUGUCUUGCACUUGUCAACCUGUCAACUGGAUACACUAACUAACAAUACUCUUGUAACCACUUGGAAAACGCCUUCAGUCAGUCACCUUCUGUCUGCUAUCUUCGUCUUUACACGUAAUCCUUACUGACUCUAUGUGCAAAUACAAUGUCUCUUUGAGGAUACACCGAUUGUCUUCACUCACUCGUCCACUGCUCAUAAUUUAUAUCUAUGUAGUAAUGUACGAUUCUCCUCUUAAUGCUGUUACCACACCCUCCCUCUAAAAGUUGUGAACUAACCUAACGCCUGUGCUGCUAAGUUGUUUGCUCACCUUUGACCCAUAGAGGUCUUCUGUUCUGGACCCCAGGUGAGGUCCACAUGGUAACCGUAGUUACGUACUGUAUAUAAUCAUGUAAAGUGUGAGGAGGAGAGGAGCUGUUUACUUGUGCCUGUACUGUAAGCCUCCUAUCCUGGUCCUGGAAGUCCCCCGUGUGUGGUGGUUGUAUCCUGUGUGCCAGUUUUACUGCACAUUACAACUGACAUAUUUGUGAUUGCUGUGAGCCAGGGCUGUGGUCAAUACCAUUUCAAUUCCAGUCAAUUCAGAAAGUAACACAAAUUAGAGAUGACAUUUUUGUGUACUUCCUAAAUUUACUAGAUUUGAAAUGGAAUUGACCCCAACUAUGGUGUAAGCUGAACUAACUGUCAAAUAAUUAAUUGUAUCUGCUGUCUGCUGGGACUAUUGAAUGUUAAAGGACAAGUAGCAGCAGCCAGCAACACAUGAUCUAUAUGUUAACAGUAUUGUAUGAUGAAAUCAACUGAAGGUUAGCAUUGUUGAUCACCAAAACUCGCUCCACAAGGGAAACUGAGGACCAUAGUUCGGAGACGGUGUUCUAACAGCACUCUUAAUGCUUUUGAACAGAGCCUCUCUCCCUGACCCUGUGUCAGCCUGUUAUGUUUCCUGUUCUGAGUCUGAAAUUGCACCCUAUUGCCUAUAUAGUGCACUACUUUUGUACAUAGCACUAUCGACCCUGGUCAAAAGCUAGUGCAUUAUAUAGGGAAUAGGGUGCAAUUUCAGAUGCAGCCCUGAUUCUCUUGUUCUGUUAAACUGUAUGUAUUAAAACCAAUCCUGGGUUCCCCUCUGGGGUUUAACUGUAGAUGACCCUCCCCAAAAUGUCUGACUCUGUACUGUAGCAGUUCUGAUGUCAGAUGCCUGGUGAAAUAAAUGUCAUCCUUCAAAAACCA